AAUAAGCCCCGAUACUUUGGUUGCUUGGAAAGGUUCCUGCAUGGUGAUUCCAUGCCAGAUCAGUGAAACACAUGAUUCUGCUGAGGUCCGUGCCACGGACGUGGCUUGGUUUUUCCAGCCUGUUUGGGAUAACAGUUCAUUUGACUAUAGUGGCAGUCUGUUGUAUGACAGUUCCAAAAGGAGGAAAGGCAACACAAUGGCAGUAAGUCCUGCCUUUCAGGACCGGGUGAAGUUCAUAGGCAAUUUGGGCAACAGAGACUGCAGCCUGAUGAUUACUCAGCUCCAGACAAAGGACAGUGGCACGUACGGGGCAAGAGUUGUUGCUUCCGUUGGAAACUACAAUUGGAGAUACAAAUGGUUUCGUAACGCUACGGUCAACGUUAUAGUUGCUCCUAAAGGUGUAAAAAUAAAAAUGACACCAGCAGGCAAGAUCCAGGAAGGGAAGUCUGUUCAGCUGAAGUGUGAAGUCAGAAAGGCAAAACCCCAGAAUCUCACAUACGCAUGGUACAAAGAUGGCGAAUGGCUGGAGAUGGACUCUGCGACUGAAGAGUUGUCCAUUCCAGAAGUUACUUUAGCACACUCUGGCAGAUACUGGUGUGAAGCCGGCAAUAGUGUGGGCACAUCGCGGUCCUCACCAGUCACGCUCAGUGUUAUUGGUUUGUUGUCUGAUGAAAGUGGACUGAGGAAACAUGCUAACUCUUUGGUGGCCUGGAAAGGAUCCUGUGUGCUGAUUCCGUGUGAGAUCAGUGGAACAUUUAACUUUGCCACCGUCAACGCCACAGCUGUGGCUUGGUACUUUGAGCCUUUUUGGGACCACAAUUUGCAGGAUUAUAACGGUACCUUGUUGUACAACAGCUUCAAAUUCGCAGAAGGCAAUGCAAGAAGUGCUGCCUUUCAGGGUCGGGUGAAAUUUUCAGGGGACCUAGGUAAUAGAGAUUGCAGCUUGAUGAUCACUCAGCUCAAGAAAAGUGACAGCGGCAGGUAUGGUGCAAGAGUUGUUGCUUCUGUUGGAAACUAUCCUUGGAGACUCAAGUGGUUCCUUGAUGCCACAGUUAAUGUUACAGAGUCACCUCCAGAACCCAGGUUGGAGAUAGUCCCUGCAAUAGUCCACCAAGGGAGGACUACAGAAGUGAUCUGCUCAGUGCCUUACCAUUGCACUGAUGUGCUCGUACUCAUGACUCUCAGUGGCUUAGAGAAGCAUCACUUGUCUCCACAAAUAACCAUGCUUGAAAAUCAAAUCACGAAGACGGUGACGUUUGAACCCACAUGGGAAGACAACGGGAAGACGGUGGGCUGCUUGCUGAGCAAUCUGGACGGGUCAGAGAUAUCCCACAGUACCAUGAAACUGAAUGUGAGAUAUCGUCCCGAGGAUGUCCAGCUUACCAUUAUGAAUGAUUUGCCAAUAAAGGAAGGAGAUGCCGUCAUGCUGAACUGCUCUGUGGGCAGAAGUAACCCUGGAAACAACUGGUACAAUUGGGUUAAAUCAGAUUCACAUACAGUUGAACAUAAGUAUAGUGGCUCAAAUGUAUUGGCUUUCCCUGCAACACCUGGAUCUGAAACGUCUUACACUUGUGAAGUGUGCAACUAUGUUGGCUGUACCUCAUCCCAAACAGUCACUUUGGAUGUUCAUUUUGCUCCCAAGGAGGUAUACAUUUUGGGAAUGACAGAAAAGGUGGUCCAUCAGUUUAGCCGUUUUCAGGUGACGUGCGAAGUGAGUGCAGCUAACCCUCGAGAACUCAAAUACGCAUGGUACAAAGAUGAGCAACAGCUGCUGCAGAACUCUGCAGAUAAUGUGUUGACCAUCCAUGAAGUGAAACCAGAGGACUCCGGGACCUACCAUUGUGAAGCAAGCAACAGCGCAGGCCCAUCACGCUCCCCAACCAUUCUUAUAGAUGUCCGUUUGUCACCACCCAAACCCAAGAUAGAAAGCAGAAUGGCGCAAAUCCGAGAACAGAUUCCAGCGACAGUGACCUGCUGGGUAUUUUACCACUGCCCUGAUGAGCCAAUUAUGUUGACUUUCAGCGGCUUGGAGGAGAGUCGUAUGUAUUCCCAAAAAACAACCAAUAGAGAUGGAAAAGUCCAGACUGUUCUGAGUUUUACUCCAACUUGGGAGGAUCACAGGAAAACGCUGACAUGCACUCUGAAAAGCCACAAUGGGGGAGAGAUAUCCCAGAGCACCAUGACAUUGGAUGUGAAAUAUGGUCCCAAAAGAGUUAAACUGAGCGCUAUGCCUGGAAUCACAGUCCGAGAAGGGGAGAAACUCUCUCUUGCAUGCACAGUCAACAGUAGCAACCCUGAAGUUACAUACCAAUGGUACUGGAACGAUGUGCGGAAAUAUGAAUGGACAAGCCCAAUAAAGGAAUUUGAUUCUGUAGGAGAGCAAGAUUCUGGUGUCUAUCGUUGUACAGCUGAAAACACAGUUGGAUCCAGUAGCUCAGAACUGACCAUCAAUGUCCAGUAUCCACCAAAGGAUGUGAAGAUUGACGUGUCACCAGGGAGAAUCAAAGAAGGGGACUAUGUGGUUUUGCGGUGCUCUUCCCGAGGGAAUCCUGCCACCAGCCGCCAUGGUUGGUAUAAAGAUCGGGAGUCUGGCAUAAUUGGAACUGACAAGGAGCUGCAUUUUGAGGCGAUCCAGGCCAGAGAUUCCAGUACCUAUUACUGCAUAGCCUGGAACACCAUUGGAAAUUCAACAUCUUCAUCCAUCACCCUGGAUGUUCAGUUUGGUCCCAAGGAUGUGAAAGCUGUGCGAGAACCCCUGGGGCUGAUCAAAGAAGGCAGCUUUGUUAAGCUGAGAUGCGAAGUGAGAGAAGCCAACCCCCAGGAGCUCACCUACAUAUGGUACAAAGAAGGGCAACAGCUGCAGCUGGACUCUACAGUGACCAUCCCAAAAGUGACCCCUGAGCAUUCUGGCAGUUACUAUUGUGCAGCAAGCAACCAAGUAGGCUCAGCACAGUCCUCACCAGUUUGGCUGAGUGUCCAUUCUACCUGCCUGGACGUGCUACCCCAUGCCACCUCUGGGCCCACACCCAAGACAAAAGAUGAAGAGACACAGGCCUCCUCGCUACCAGGCUGCACCCUGGAACAGAUCUGCUCCUUGUGUCCGAUGACUCAGGCUUCUCCCCAGCCUCAACCAUCCUCUCCAACCCAGCUUGCUCUUCCUUCCUCUUCUCAGUCACCCUGCAAGUGCAAUGCUUUCUGGGAAGAGUUCUGCUCCUUCAGGAAAUCGCAGGGUCAAAACAAGAUCCUUAGCAUGAUCAAUGAAUUAAGAUCUGCAAUUGACAAACUCAUAAAUGAGCUGCAGCAAGCAAGGCGCUGGAUCCAGGACCUUGAAUCUUGUAUCUUGGGUAAGGAAAAUAUGUUGACAACUGCACCGAAUAAUCUGGCUGUGUGGGAAGGAUCCUGUAUUCUGAUUCCAUGCAAGAUCAGCCUAACAUAUAAGAACGUUCGGGUUGACAACUUCUUCCUGAUUUGGUAUUUUGACCCUAAGUAUGAAGACAAUCUGAAAGAUUAUACUGGUAUCAUGUUAUACAAUGGCUCCACCAUCUCAGAGAACUACCUGACUCCAACAAGUCCCCACUUUCUGGAUCGGGUGAGGUUUGUUGGGAAUUUAAACAGCAGAAACUGCAGCCUGAAGAUUUCUCAUCUCCAGAAAAAUGACAGUGGCACAUAUGGAGCAAGACUUUAUGGGUUUGUUGGAAACAAUCGUCAUCUAGACAUGUGGUUUGCUCCUGCUGCUGUUAAUGUUAACGUGUCACCACCCAAACCCAAGAUAGAAAGCAGAAUAGCACAAAUCCAAGAACAGAGGCCAGUGACAGUGACCUGCUGGGUAUUUUACCACUGCCCCGAUGAGCCAAUUAUGUUGACUUUCAGCGGCUUGGAGGAGAGUCGUAUGUCUUCCCAAAAAACAACCAAUAGAGAUGGAAAAGUCCAGACUGUUCUGAGUUUUACUCCAACUUGGGAGGAUCAUGGGAAAACGCUGACAUGCACUCUGAAAAGCCACAAUGGGGCAGAGAUAUCCUGGAGCACCAUGACAUUGGAUGUGAAAUAUGGUCCCAAAAGAGUUAAACUGAGCGCUAUGCCUGGAAUCACAGUCCGAGAAGGGGAGAAACUCUCUCUUGCGUGUACAGUCAUCAGUAGCAACCCUGAAGUUACAUACCAAUGGUACUGGAAGGAUAUGCGGAAAUAUGAAUGGACGAGCCCAAUAAAGGAAUUUGAAUCUGUAGGAGAACAAGAUUCUGGUGUCUAUCGCUGUACAGCUGAAAACACAGUUGGAUCCGGUAGCUCAGAACUGACCAUCAAUGUCCAGUAUCCACCAAAGGAUGUGAAGAUUGACGUGUCACCAGGGAGAAUCAAAGAAGGGGACAACGUGGUUUUGCGGUGCUCUUCCCGAGGGAAUCCUGCCACCAACCACCAUGGUUGGUAUAAAGAUGGGGAGUCUGACAUAAUUGGAACUGACAAGGAGCUGCAUUUUGAGGCGAUCCAGGCCAGAGAUUCCAGUACCUAUUACUGCAUAGCCUGGAACACCAUUGGAAAUUCAACAUCUUCAUCCAUCACCCUGGACGUUCAGUCCCUUGAAUACCAUGCUGGCGGAGGUGGAGGGGCAACAGCUGCAGCUGGACUCUACGGUGACCAUCCAAAAGUGACCCCUGAGCAUUCUGGCAGCUACUAUUGUGCAGCAAGCAACCAAGUAGGCUCAGCACAGUCCUCACCAGUUUGGCUGAGUGUCCAUUAUGGGCCUCGCAAUGUCCAUUUACUCCUGAGCACCCAGGAUGCUAUCAUUGAGGGAAUGAGUGUCUCAUUGAAAUGUGAUAAUGAUGCCUCCCCACCAGCUGAUGUUUACACGUGGUACUGGAACAAACAGAGGCUCCAGGAAACUUCCAAGAUACUUCAGCUUAAGAAAAUCCAGGUUGACCAGUCAGGAUCCUAUCACUGCAAAACUUCCAAUAGCAUCUCUGAGCAGGAGUCACCGCCCAUGGGCAUCACUGUGUCCUACAGCAGAGCUACUGUGUUGAAGCGUGCCCUGAUUGGCCUGGGCAGUGUCCUAUUUGCGGUUUUCCUCCUGGGAUUGCUGUUGCACGUGGUGCAGAGAUGGUAA